UCACUGUGGGGACCAAGUAAAUAACAAGUGCUACGCUUAGGUGCGCAUUCCCAGACUUUUACAACCCUCUCAGUUGAUCAUAAUCGUAAUGGCACCUAUUACAACACAAUGGACGCGGCUCAUUCGCUUUGUCGCUGCAGAGACCUCACAAAUCCACAUCGGACAACCGGUCGACCCCAGACUUGAUGUUGGCCUUGCUGCAUGGAACAAACAAACUAUCAGAGCUUAUGAGAUCUCUGGGUCUACACUUGACCCUGCCUCUCGUGUCACGAGCAACAUCUUAACCGUCAAGGAGCUUCUCUCUCCUCUAUCUCGCGAAGAGAUGAAGGUCGUUCGGUGCUUGGGUCUCAACUACUCGGACCACGCAGCAGAGGCAAACAUGGCAAAACCUGCCGCCCCCAUCUUGUUUUACAAGCCCCUGGCGUCUAUGAUCGGUCCCAAUGCACCAAUUUUCAUUCCAAAGGUUGCUCAGCCUGUUGUAGAGCACCUCUCUGACUACGAAGUAGAGCUCACCAUCGUCAUCGGAAAGGCGGCCAAGGACGUCUCCGAGGCGGACGCUCUCGACUAUGUCCUUGGGUACACUGGUGCCAAUGAUGUGUCAUUCCGCAAGCACCAACUGACAACUUCCCAGUGGGGAUUCUCCAAGGGGUUCGAUAACACAACUCCCCUCGGUCCUGUCCUUGUGUCGCAGAGCGCUAUUCCCAACCCCCAGGACAUUCCGCUAACUUGCACACUUAACGGUCAAGUCCUCCAGGACGGUAACAGCAGCGACCAAAUCUUCAAUGUCCGGCAAACAGUCUCUUUCCUCUCACAGGGAACCACUCUCGAGCCUGGGUCGGUUAUCUUGACCGGAACACCUAAGGGUGUUGGUUUUGCAAGGAAGCCCGCCAUUGUACUGAAGAACGGCGAUGACUGCAGGGUAUGGUUGGGUAACGGUAUUGGCACACUCAUCAACCCUGUCAUUGAGGAGGGCCGUCAUCAGGCGAAGUUGUGAAUUUGUAGCCACAUGUACCGUCUUUCUAUUCAUAUGCAUACUUUGUUCUUGUGAAUUGACGACAGCAGGUAAGAGAUAUGAUACAUGGUUAUUGUGUACAAA